AUGUUUGAGUCUUCAAACCGUUCCCACUCCAACCCACCCAUAAGAGAUCGGACUCCUCAGUCUCUUGCCCAAGACACGGUUUCUCUUAGAAAACAACUAAACCAAAAAGAAUAUGAACUAUAUCAGCGAGAGCGGGCGACCCAGCUUCAAGACAUCGAGAACUCCCAAACAGUGACUCAGUCAGGCGACCGCGCCCAACUUAUGAAGCGUAUAAACGCCCUUCUCAUAGAAGUAGACAAGCUUAACCAAGACAAGCAAGACCUUAUCAACGAACUUCACAGUGAAAAACUGCACAAUGAAGAGCUCCAGCGCAAGAUGAAACACUCAGGAAAAGUCAAAAGCGUCGUGGACCGCAACAUGCAAAGCGACCUGAAGUUCGAAAAAGAAGAAAACAACCGUCUCCGCCACCUUCUCCAUACAAUUGAAAUUGAGCGGGCAGAAUUACGUUCAAAAUUGAAAGAUUUUGAAAUCGCUGCCUCGUCCUUUGGCUAUGAAAAGCAAGAGUAUAUGGCGAAACUGCAGCAGAAAAUUGACCAUAUAGCGAUUUUGGAAGCAGAUAAUAGGAUGCUGACAGAAAAAAUCAAUAUUAUGCAGGGGAAGAUCUCGACAGUUGAGGAUGAGUGUACCAAGCUGAUGCGUGAGAGAGCAGAGAUGAGGGAAAAUAUUUCAAUUUUGGAAGGAGAGAAAGGAGAGCUAAAUAUUAGGAUGCAUGAUGAAGCUGUAAGAAUGGAAAAUUAUUGUGGUUUUAAUUGAAAUUGAAGCUAUUUCCUAUUAUUUAUAUAAAAACAAGGCAAAUUUAAAAUAUUAUAUACUGGUUUAGGAUAAGUAAAUCCUAGUUUACCUUAAAAAAAAAAUAUAAUUCUAUAUAUAAUUAAAUAGAGAUUACCAAAUUUCAAAAAAUAAUGAGACUGAAAAUAUGAAAUGGAUUCAUAAAAGACAUUGUAGAUUAUUAGCAAGCAGAAAUAUCUGCAAAGAGCUCGAAAGAAUUGUCGCAAGAAGGCUGAACUCAGCUUUGAGUGAAAUGAGCGACACCUUAAAAUUCUGCCAAAACCAAGUAUACGGUGUCGGAAAAAUCGUCGCAAAUUUUGAAAAGUGCAAUACAAGAAUGACAAAGCGGCUUUUUGACAAGUGGAGAGGCAGCUUAGGCUGGACAAACGUCCAAGCCAUCAGGCUAAACCUAGUCGAAAAGCUUGGCAACCGAGGAGUUUUAUCCAAAUUCUUCGCAGACUGGCGUACAAAUUUCUUAUAUCAGCAGCGCUGCAAGCAGCGGCAUGGAAUUGCCUUAUCCCUUAUUUACAAAGCAUUCGGAAAAAGCAACGAGCACUCUGUAAGGGCUAGAUUCCUCCAAUGGAAAUAUUUAUUCACUUACAAUAACCACAAAAAUUUAAACUUUAACACCCUGGCUUUUAGGAUUUUUAAAGGAAAAAUAAAGCACGCCUUUGAAAAAUGGACAAGAUUUACUGAUAAAAUGAGGUUUGAGCAGGCCAAAGAAGAUUUGUCGACUGAUUUCGCUGCUGUUAUGCUGAAAGGAGCUUAUUUUAGGGCGCUAAAAGACUUGGUCUUUAAUAAAAAGUAUUCAAGGAACCUUGAAGAAUACCAGCAACAGCAGGCAGACAAACUUUAUCAGGUAAAUAUUCUUCAUGAGAUGCAGAGAUAUACACAAAAUAACAAUUCGAAGAGAUAUGUAAUGAAAAGAAUGAUGAGGAGAUGGACCAAUAAGGAUCUAGCUAAAGGGUUCCAUACCUGGAAAAAAGAAAUUAAACAGAAAAAGACACUUGAUAGGCUUUAUAAGUAUUUUGGAGUUUUAGAUAACGCACAUAUGCGUACGACGAAGCAAAAAUUAUUUUAUGCUUGGAAGUCAUAUAUGCUGAAUUAUUUUCCUAAAGCAAAAAACCAGUAAAAAAAUUAUCCCAUUGACUUAUUAUUUUUAGUCAAAAUAAAUCAGCAUAAACUUACACAAAAAUUAAAAGCAGCAAGUGACGAACUCGCUGUUGAAAAACCAAAAAGAUUAGAACUAGAACAAAAGCUAAGCUACACACACAAUGAAAGCUUGAGGAAUAGCCAAAUCAAAGUAGGACGAGUUUUAGCGAAAAGAUUCAAUGUGCAGGUUUCUAGCUAUUUUUAUCAAUGGAAACAAGUAGCAAGCACUUUUUAUGGGUCUCUCCCAAGGGUGAAGAAAAUGCUGGUUUACCAAUAUAUGGGCAAGCUAGGGAAAUCUUUCAGACUUUGGAAGCGGCAAGUCAUAAAUGAAGAUAUAAUUGCCUUGUGCAGGAAAAAUGAGGACACAAUGGCAGAAAACUUUGGUGCUGCUAUAUCCUCUAAAUUUUUGCUAUCGUGAGAUUUUCUCAGGGAUAUUUGCCCAUAUUUGAUCCAAAUUUGACUUUUUUCUGAGCAAGUGAAAAAAAAAAUUCGCUCAAUUCCCAAAUUAGCAAAAAGUCCUAAUCAAAAGACAUGCAGCCGAAAACUCAGCUUUAGCUGAACAUAUAAAUAACUUAGAAUACGCUUUGCAGUCAGCCCAAAAUGAUAAAAAUGAGCUUGUAAGCAAAAGGAUGAGAAAUGUAAUUUUGACUAUUAAAAAUAGAGAAAUUUCAGCUGCACUGAGAGCCUGGGCGAGAAACGCUCUUCAUAUUUCAAAUGUAGAAAAUGCUGGGCACAGGCUUGAAAAGAAAUUACGAGAAUUGAUAUUUUAUCAAGCGCUAGAUGCAAUUAUGGCUAAGUCUAUAGCCCAUAAGCAGCAAGAAGCAAGAGAAAAAAGGCUAGCUCACUAUGUGAUGAUCCGCUGGAGAAACUGGCUAAAUACCACUUUUGAUGCUUGGAAAGACUACUCAAGGAUCUUGCAAGCUUUCCGCAGGCAGCUGAAAAAAUCACAGUCACGGGCUAACCAGCUGAAUACCCAAUAUGUGCUUUCGAAAUGGAAAAAUAUUAUAAAGGCUCAAAAACUGCAAGAAAAUAUAAACCUCCAGCAAAACCUCAAGAAAAAUAUCAGCAACUUGUCAAAAGCCCUUGAAAAUAAGACCCAAGAGCAUGACCUACAAGUGAGAGCUAAUGAAAAACUCAGCAAAAAUUUGAGGUCGCAAUGCAGGAGAAGGAUUAUUAUGGCAUUUCUCCGAUGCAGUCAAGGAUCGAGAAGGAUCUAUUUCGACAGAUGGAGAGACAAAAUUGCCUUAAAAGACAGCCAGAUACACCAUUCUGAUAGGCUGCUUCGGCUUUGGAAUAAAAUAAAAUCCCGACAAGCUUGGCGAAACUGGCUGCAAUACAUCAAGCGAAAAAUAAUCCAUUACAGUGAAGAAGAAAUCACCAUUCAUGUGGCUGAGAAAAAACAAAUGAAAAGGGAGCACAAAGGUGUCAGAGCUGGAUUCCAGCAACAGCUGAAAGAAAGGGAAAACGUUAUUAAGACCCAACAAGACAAUUUAGGCAAAAAAGAACAGCUUGUGCAGUUUUUGCUGGAAAGAGGUGUAAAACAGUUUGAAAGUGAAUGUUAAUAGAUUACUCUUUCAAGUCAAAGCUCUAUGGUCUUAGCUUGGGAUUGACAACUCUAAAUAAUGGUAGGUAGAACCGGCAUAACGCAAAACUGUCCAUGCCCUCAAGCCCCUUAAGACCUAUCUACCCACAGUAUGAAUUAGUUCUCUUGCGCCAAAAACCCUCAAUAAGCUGUAAACUUCUCACUAUUUCAGCUGUAAGGCCAUGGUCCUACCCCUAACUGCCAUUUUAUAUUAUAGUUUGAAAGUGAAUAUUCAGAGAAUAAAGCAGCUUUUGCGUUUAAAGCGAUGAAAGAUAGAUUUAUGAGGAUAAAGAACACGAUGGCUAGCUUUACCAGGAGGAUUGAAAAAAUGAAGAUGAGGAAAGGGCUUAAGAAAAUCAAGCAUGCUGCCUCAGAAAAUCAGAAAAUUAUUCUUUAUAGCCAUAAAUAGUAUUUAUUGUAUAUAAAAUAUGAUUAUUUAAUUUUUAUAUAAAAUCGAAUAAUUCGUUAAGAGACCUUUUAUUAGGCGCUUUUAAACGAUAUGGUGUCAGAUACAUGAAAAACGCCUUUGAUAACUGGCAUAGAAAUGCCCACAAGCGCAAUGCAAGCCGCCUUGAAACUGAGCUUGCAAAUGAGUCUUCUCAGCAUCAAAUCCUUAAAUCUACCCACCAAGCCAUCCGCAGCCGAAACCGCACCCGAACUUUUAUCCAGAUUACAAACCGAACCAAGAAAAAUCUAUUUGACGGCUGGUUUGGCGUAGUCUGCAAAACUCGAGCUAUAGCCCGUGCUAAUAUAAAAUUCCAAAACCAGUCAAAACUCAUUAAACUAGGCUUCGCUGUAGGACAAUGGUAUGGCCAUAGAGAUAAAGCCCUGCGUAGGAAACAUAGAGAUAACAUAGCAGCUGGGAAUUAUAUGAAAAUUAUCAUAUCAAGGAUUUUCGGAGCUUGGAAAAGGCUUCAUUAUGAAGGCAAAUAUUUGACUGAUGUGUUUAAAUUAGUAGGAAAGCGAUAUUAUAGGGACUCAAUUUCUUCUGGAAUGGCUGCUAUAAAGUCUUAUCCCUUUUCCCUUAGAAUUCCAUAUAAUAUAUAUAGUAAAUCGGAUAAUAAAUAUUUAUAUAUAAAAAGUAUAUGCAAUUGCCCAUGCCAAACAUCAUGAAUGGAACGACAGGGUAAAAAGUGGCGCCUUAGCCAGAAGACUUUUCUCCAAAACUAAAACCAUCCUUGGCAGAGGCUUCAGAAAGUGGGCUGAAUGCAUCAAGUAUAGAGAAAAAAUGCAGCAUAGGUUCAAAGGUGUACUAAUUAGAGCCUGGAGAAGAAAACUGAGAAGGGCUUGACAGCUAUGGGAAGAACAUUUUGUCAUAAAAAGCACUGUAGAAGUUACCAAUAAAGAAGGCUCAGUCGCUAUAGACAAUGAAAUCUUGCGAAACCGCGUCGAUAUUUUGAACCAGCUUAUAACAGAUGAAGGAAUUGACAGAAAAUACGUGGAAAACUACAUUCUAGAAAGAGAAGACCUCAAAUCUGCCAUUAAAAGGAAAAAAGUUAAUAGGCUGAGAAUGGCAAACGGCAAAGAAAAUUCCUCACAGGACGGAAAUCUGGCAGCCAGGAUGUUCCUGAUAUGGAAAAUGUGGGUGAUUAAAAGAAAAAAGAUCAAGAGAGUUGCAAUUAGAAUGCAGGCUUAUAAGAGAAAAGGAGAAGUCAUGAAAGCCUUUUUGACUUGGAAAAAAGGCUUCCCACUAGUCGUAAAUACUGUAAAUAAACUGACCAGAAGAGAACUGUAUUCCCUUAUCGCGAAAAUGGACCGUGACUUGAAAACCAUUGAAGGCAAGCUCGAAAACAACCACAAAGAUGUCGUUUACCUACAAACUUAUGCGAAUAUCUUACAAAAUAACGUAAGAAAAGGCCAAAACCUGGCUUUAUCACUAUGCAAUAUGAAUACCCACAAGUCCUUGUUCAGAGGUAUGAUCAGAUGGAUAAUGCACACGAACCUCUGUAAGGUCCAUGAUUUAUUAUCCCAGCUAACUUCUACAGAAGAACAAUUAUUUAUUAUAAAAUCCCAUUUAAGAGGCAUAGAAGACGAAAAUAAGUCCUUGAUAGACGAAAAUAUGGAGCUUAGGCAGGCUUCAUUAGACGGAAUUGCAAUUGCAGACGCCUUUGAGACCUUAACCAAAGAACGUGAAAAACUGUCAGUUGACCUUGCUGACAGAGCUGCCACUAUUAAAAGACUGCUCGAGCAGAACUCCCAGCUUAUGAGCAAGCUGAAAAAGGCAGGACUUGACGAGUCCUAUGCAACCCCUGAAAGAGAUUUCCCUAAGAACGUUAGAUAUUAA